GGACAACUGGCUCGGAGCAAGAUUAUAAAAGGCAGGAGCAGGUUGCUGAGCAAAGGGGAGGGAGGGCAAAAGGCACCUGCUUCCCUCCGCGCAGCCCAGCUGGGACUUGGGGCGGUGGGAGUCGCAGUGCCGGGAGCCCAGGUCUGUGUCGGUGACAAGCUCGUUUGCACAAAGCCCAGAGGAUUUUACCCCAGACGGCAUAAGGAGCCCAGCAGAAGUGGGGACCGCUGCCCAACAUGCCUGGGAGAGCUGGGCAUAGCGGGAGUUAAGGAUGGUGCCCAGCAUACGUCCUACCCUUCUCCUCUUCCUCCUCCUGCAGGCGUUUCUCUUCUGGGGUGACCCGGCGGCAGCCUCCAUCCAAGAGCAGUACUGCGAGAGCCUGCCUCCCGUGAGCAACCACACGGGCCCCCAGUGCAAUGCCUCAGUAGACUUGAUUGGCACGUGUUGGCCCCGGAGCGCCGUGGGACAGCUGGUGGCUCGGCCCUGCCCUGAGUAUUUCUACGGCGUGCGGUACAACACCACAAACAAUGGCUACAGGGAGUGCCUCGCCAACGGGAGCUGGGCAGCGCGUGUCAACUACUCCCAGUGCCAGGAGAUCCUCAGCGAGGAGAAGAAGAGCAAGCUGCACUACCACAUUGCUGUCAUCAUCAACUACCUGGGGCACUGCGUCUCGCUGGGGGCCCUGCUCGUGGCCUUCGUCCUCUUCAUGCGCCUGCGGAGCAUCCGGUGCCUGAGGAACAUCAUCCACUGGAACCUGAUCACAGCCUUCAUCCUGCGCAAUGCCACGUGGUUCGUGGUGCAGCUCACGAUGAACCCGGAGGUGCACGAGAGCAAUGUGGUCUGGUGCCGCUUGGUCACGGCCGCCUACAAUUACUUCCACGUCACCAACUUUUUCUGGAUGUUCGGCGAGGGCUGCUACCUCCACACGGCCAUCGUGCUCACCUACUCCACAGACAAGCUCCGCAAGUGGAUGUUCAUCUGCAUUGGCUGGUGUAUCCCCUUUCCCAUCAUCGUUGCCUGGGCCAUCGGGAAGCUGUACUACGACAACGAGAAGUGCUGGUUUGGGAAGAGAGCAGGAGUUUAUACCGACUACAUAUACCAAGGCCCCAUGAUCCUGGUGCUUCUGAUCAACUUCAUCUUUCUGUUCAACAUCGUCCGAAUCCUCAUGACGAAGCUACGAGCCUCGACCACAUCAGAGACAAUCCAGUACAGAAAAGCUGUCAAGGCCACUCUGGUGCUGCUGCCUUUACUGGGAAUCACCUACAUGCUGUUCUUCGUCAACCCGGGUGAGGAUGAGAUCUCCAGGAUCGUCUUCAUCUACUUCAACUCCUUUCUGGAGUCUUUCCAGGGCUUCUUUGUCUCUGUCUUCUACUGCUUCCUGAACAGUGAGGUCCGAUCAGCCGUACGGAAGCGGUGGCACCGGUGGCAGGACAAGCACUCCAUCCGCGCCCGCGUGGCUCGGGCCAUGUCCAUCCCCACCUCGCCCACCCGCGUCAGCUUCCACAGCAUCAAGCAGUCCUCGGCCGUGUGAGCCGCGGGGCAGCCGCCGUCCGGGCCGAGGGAGCCACGUCUCCUCGGGGCCACCGCCCCGCAGCGGAGCACGACGCGGGAGCUGGGUCCUUCCCACCUAGCAGAGGACGGGGAGCUCGCCAGAGCUACGGGAAACCCCACGGCCGCUUGCGUCCAGCUUUCCAGGACUGCCGCGUGGGAUGCGACAGCCAAGACUGCUUCUUUGUCUCCCUGACUGUUGCUGGAGCUGGAAAAGGAGCCGCAGGAGCCCCAAGAUGUUGCAGCUGCCUCGCUAGCAGCCAUCACAGCCUCCCCACCGGCCUUCAUCCCGGGCACGAUGGCCCUGAGUUGUACGGCUGCUUCCCAUGGGCUUGUCCCAGCUCCUCGCCUGGAGCGGGCUCACUGACUGCUCCGGGGGGUCGGAACACAGAGCCAGCACCGGGAUGGCUUGUGGGGUCAAUCCCUCGGGAAGUCGGUGCACGGCGCCUGGCCCCGCUAGCCCUGGCGUGGCGUGCAGGGACAGCUCGGUCACCCCGCCAGCCAGCGUGCGCUGGGGAUGCUGCACAGGUGACCUAAAACCAGGAAUGAACAGAGAGCCCUGGGCUGAGUCUAGACUUUGCUUUACGUAGCUGGGUUUUUAUACCACGGGGGUUCCUCGCGCCCAUGUGCCCCUGUCCCUCACCAUGUCCCUGGCAGCCCUGGGCAGCCCGUGCAGUGCUGGCUGCUCCUGCCCAGGCAGCGGGACACCCAUGGGGGUCCUGUACCCAUAACCCCAUCUGACUGUUUUCAUUUCUCCUUUUAGCACAGAGGAUGCAAAGCAGAGCCUCAACUGGAGAAAAAGUUGAGGUCCCCACACUCAAGGGUUAUUUUUCCCCUUAGGGCACGAAGUGACCAGCGUAGCACACGGGGCUGCACCGGGCUGAAGCCUCCCGGCUCUCCUGGGCCUCUUUCCUCUGCCAAAAACAAGCUUGUGCGUUUAUUAAUUUUCUCAAGUCCAAACCCAGCUUAGCUUAAUCAUCACUCCUCGCCCAGGAGGUGCCCAGGGAUAUGGGCAGAGCCACUCUCUGCCCCAUGCUGCUCCCUCGAGCUCGUGGUUCGUGUCUGAGCCUCCUGCUCCUGCAAGGAAAGAGCUGGGGCGAGGAGCGCGGGCGGGCAGCCUCCCUCCACCGUGGGCUUGGAAAGAAGCAGAAACCCUGUUUGUAUCGCUCAGAGCUGGCCGAUUCCUGCUCCGUCAUGGAGCAGGGCAGGGAACGGCUGGAGGAGGGAGAAGGGCUGCAGGUCCCAGCCGGACCCUGCUCUUACCCUUGAAAGCUGGGGUCUGCACCAAAGUUGUUCCUUGCCCUUAGUCACAGGACGGAGCCGUUGCACAAAAAAGCAAUUCCCUUGCAGGGGUGGGGUUAAGUGCCUUGGAGGAGCCACGGUCUCCCUCCCCAGCAAGGUCCCACCAGGGCGGAGGAUGCAAACUGGACCCUCAUUGCGGGGGAGUUUUGCCGCAGCUGCCUCAGAGCUGGAGGGUCCCUGGGUGCCCCGGUCCAGGGAGGCUGCUGCGGGGUCACGGGCCGGGGCUGUCGUCACUGCUGCCCGGCUUCAAGCUGCUUCUUGCUCCUGGGCCUCAGUUUCCCCACUCUGAAGAAGUCGGCAGUAUUCCCUGCCCCAGGGAGGUUGGAAGCAGCUCCGAAAUAGCACCGCUCUGACUUCCUCAGGUUAAAAUGCCAGAAAGGAAUAAAAUCAUCUUUUUUUUUUCUAUAACGUGAGGCACAGACUAAAACCUCCACUUUCUUCAUUGAAGUGUUCAAGAAGUUCAAUAGUUUGAAGCAAAACCCUCCCAUUUCCCACCUUCUUUCUGAGAUUUCCUACCUGCAUGUCUGUUGUGCAGCCAAACUCAGAAAUGCUCCGUUGCCUGUAAAAACGUGCCCGGAGCAGCGGCUCGGUACUGCCGUGCGACCAGAACGAGGGCUGUGCCCUGCACGCGGGGCAGGUUUUGGUCCUUGUACAGGUUCACCCAUCACUGACAGCCCCUGGCACAGAAACUGCCCCAGAACCAUCCGCGGGUGAGAAAAAAGUGCCCCAGAGCUGUGCAACGGGAAAAGCAGCAACACCAUUUUUUUAUUCUCCUUUAAGGUAAUUUGCAAAAUAGUACAAACCCAGCAAAAAGAGCUGAAAAAUCUUCCCUUUUUUCUGUUUCCCCCUGGGUCGGUUUGAUUUCUCUGCUGGGCGCAUCAACAGGAGAGGAUCAAGCUCUGGCUGCUACAGAGAAGUGGAAACGCCCCAGGGAGCUUUUUUGUUGUACUUACAAGAGAUGUUACCAAAAAGUGAUGCAGCGUGUGUUCAGUUUGGAUUUUCUAAGGCUGAGUCACCUGGGGGGGGGGGGGGGGGG